CCAAGGCCGCAGGUGUGAGGGGCGGGCCCAUGGCUCGGCCCGCGCCGCCCCAUGUGACCCGGUCCGACAUGGUGUCGCCUCCUCCCGGGGCGGCGGCGGCGGUGGCUCGGGCUCGGCUCCGCGUCGGGCCAGCCCCGCGGCCACUUAUGGGUAGCCAGGGCCGUUCAGGGACCCCCGGGAACGGCGGGCCCAGUGAGGGCGAGGGCGGAGAGACAAGGAAGCUGCAGGAAGGGAGGGUCGCGAGAGGGAAGCGGAGGAAGGGGAAAGGGAAGGGAAAAGCCGGCGCAGGGCAAAGCGGAAGAGGAAGCGGGGCGGAAGGGAAGCCGGGGCCGCAGAAAGCGAAAGAGGCAGCGGGACAGGGGGCUGAGGCACGAGCGAAGACAGGCCCGGGGAAGGAAGGAGAGGGCGGAAGCGUGGAGGAAGGGGCGAGAGGCGUCGUAAAGGAAGAUGAGGGGAGUGCAGGGGGCGGGAAGGAGGCACAAGAAAGAGAUGAGGGGAAAGAGGAAUGGAGGGUUAGGACUGGGCGGCGGGAAGACGCUAGGCCGGGGAAAUCACACGGACGAGGAGGUCAGGCUUGGGGCGGCAUCGCGGGGACAGGGGCGGCCAUGGCGGCGGCGGCUGAGGAGGAGUCGGCGGCUCGGGAGCCGGCCGCUCGCCCGGCCGCUGGGCCCGCGCUGUGGCGCCUGCCGGAGGAGCUGCUGCUGCUCAUCUGCUCCUACCUGGACAUGCGGGCCCUCGGCCGCCUGGCCCAGGUGUGCCGCUGGCUGCGGCGCUUCACCAGCUGUGACCUGCUCUGGCGCCGGAUAGCCCGGGCCUCGCUCAACUCCGGCUUCACGCGGCUCGGCACCGACCUGAUGACCAGUGUCCCUGUGAAGGAUCGGGUGAAGGUGUCUCAGAACUGGAGAUUGGGGCGCUGCCGAGAGGGGAUUCUGCUGAAGUGGAGAUGCAGUCAGAUGCCAUGGAUGCAGCUAGAGGAUGAUUCUCUGUACAUAUCCCAGGCUAAUUUCAUCCUGGCUUACCAGUUUCGCCCAGAUGGUGCCAGCUUGAACCGUCGGCCUCUGGGAGUCUUCGCUGGGCAUGAUGAAGACGUUUGCCACUUCGUGCUGGCCAACUCGCAUAUUAUUAGUGCAGGAGGAGACGGGAAGAUUGGCGUUCAUAAGAUUCACAGCACCUUCACUGUCAAGUACUCGGCUCAUGAACAGGAGGUGAACUGUGUGGAUUGCAAAGGGGGCAUCAUUGUGAGUGGCUCCAGGGACAGGACGGCCAAGGUGUGGCCUUUGGCCUCAGGCCGGCUGGGGCAGUGCUUACAUACCAUCCAGACUGAAGAUCGAGUCUGGUCCAUUGCUAUCAGCCCAUUACUCAGCUCUUUUGUGACAGGGACGGCUUGUUGUGGGCACUUCUCACCCCUGAGAAUCUGGGACCUCAACAGUGGGCAGCUGGUGACACACCUGGGCAGUGACUUUCCCCCAGGGGCAGGGGUGCUAGACGUCAUGUACGAGUCCCCUUCCACACUGCUGUCCUGUGGCUAUGACACCUACGUGCGCUACUGGGACCUCCGCACCAGUGUCCGGAAAUGUGUCAUGGAGUGGGAGGAACCCCACGACAGCACCCUGUACUGCCUGCAGACAGAUGGCAACCACCUGCUGGCCACAGGUUCCUCCUACUACGGCGUGGUGCGGCUGUGGGACCGGCGCCAAAGGGCCUGCCUGCAUGCCUUCCCACUGACGUCGACCCCUCUCAGCAGCCCUGUGUACUGCCUGCGUCUCACCACCAAGCAUCUCUAUGCUGCGCUGUCUUACAACCUCCAUGUCCUGGAUUUUCAGAACCCGUGACUGGCAGGGCCACCCCUGCCUGUGGGCCAGAGAAGCCAGCUACUCAGGGACCACUCUUGCCUGGAGGGUGCAGUGAUAGCUCCUCCCCACUGCCCCCGCUGUGCUCCUAGACCUGUGUGUCCCCAGUGCUUGGGCACCUGAAAUUAGAGGCUUCUGACUCCUGGGGCUUUGGGGCUUACCCAGAGAUGCAGUCCCUCCCAGGAACCUGUUGGAGAGACAAGACCUGCUGCUUUGGCAAAUGCAGCUGAACCUGAGCCUUGUGUCCCUGUUUGCCCAGAGCAAAGAUCUGGCCCUAAGAGGCCCACCCUGCACCCCACUCCUUCUUAGAGCCAUAACAGCCUACAGAGUGAGGUGAGGUGCACCCACCUUCAUGGUCCCUUUAUGCCCCUUCCUGGAAGAAGAGGUGAGGCUGCCAAUACCCCCCUGCUGGCAUUGGCCACCUCAGUCUCAGUCAGACCCCACCCUUGACCAACCUUUUAGGGCUGGGGGUUCAUUCCUGGGCCACUUGGUUUUGCUUUGAAACCAAGAAAGGACAAAGGGAAAGCAGUAGUUUUGAGUGGGUUCUGAGCCAGCCCUACCUCAGGCCGGCUGUUGAGACAUGCUACAAUUUUCAUUUUUGUAAAAAUAAAGCUUGAUUGUUCA